UUUUGCUGUAACCGGCCGCGGGAGAAGCUGGACUUUCAAGGCAUGAAAAAUUGUCUUCAAAUCACGCAGGUGUGAACUUGAACUUUAAAGAGAAUGUACUACCGCCGAGACCUGGAAGAUAUUUAAAUUGUUUUAAUAGGAAAUAUAUAUAGUUGGUUUAUAGUGCUGCACCAGAGAAGAAAAUACACGCAUACAUUUCGUAGUUUAUAACCACUGAUACACAACAUUUCCAUUUAAGAGACACAAGCAUUACACUGAUACACAAGCAUUACACGGUUCUCUUGGGACUUCGCCAUCAUCAGCAGUGGAUAGUUCAGGUCCAGAAAAUAAAAAUCCAAAUCAAAGUUUUGUUUCAACCGACCAGUUGAGUAGGCUACUCUUUACUGCGACUAUACUGAACUGGGUGGUUGAAACAAUAUCUUGGUCUAGAUUGUCACUUUCUGGAACUGAACUAUCCGCCUCUGGCCAUCAUGAUAAUUCGCACAGCAAUUUAUGCAGCCACACUGUGGCCUAACAAAGCGAGAAAUGCCGCGUGACAUGCUUUACUGAAGCUGCACUCAGUAUAGAUGCUACGAUGUUAUGCAGGCCAACAGCAGGAACACACAGACACACACACACAUCCCCAUAAACAAACCCAACACAGGUUUGUAACAACAAACAUUUAUAGACUGUCUCUCUAUUAUCUGCACAGAACACUACAACAUUUCAAAAGAUUGGACAAGUUACAAACCACUGGGAAACUGAAGGCAAACUGAAGAAGCUCACUAGCUCUCUCGGCUUACCCUCGACCAGCGUGUUAUAGUCCAUCGGUGCCUCUUUCUGAUUCUUGGCUGUUGACAAUGCCUGUGCACCUAGGGAACAGGACUCACAGACAGCAAUAACAAAGAGGGCUUUGUGUGGGAGGCUGUACACGUCCCACACUGACGCAGGACGUGUACUAUUGUAAAUAACACUGUAUUCCCUGCUUAUCUAAAAACAACUAAUAGUUUACAAAUAAAUAAUACAUAGACAAUACCACACCAUUAGUGCAGUGUAAAUUCCAAAGCGGCUAAUGUUGCAAACGCAAAGCCACAGUAUGCAAUGGCAUUGUUCCACCAAGGACAACACGAGCAUUAGUAGUUGGGAACAUUACACAAUAAGCCACUCGAUACUUCGCAGACCCUGAACGCCACUAUGCACCUGACUUCGGGAGCUUACGGCCCCGCCCACGCCCGUAUCUUCAGCUAACGAUUGGCUGGUGUCUCACGCCUGGCACCGCCUCCUGCGCGUCAUCCCCGUUACCUUGGAAGCGCUCGCGAGGCGACUCAGUUGCUGCGUUCCGUAGGAAUACUAGCGAACUACGAGCGACGGCCGAGUCUCGCUAUGCGGGAGGCGCUCCGGACACAUUUGUGAUCCCAUACGAAGUUUAUUUGAAUGUGAUCGAAGGUGAAACAAUGUCGCAGCCUCAGCGGGUUGUGCAGCUGUCCGCAGCGUCACUGGCGCUGGUCUUGGGCCGGAGCGGUCAGCGCGCUGGAGGCGGUGUGGAGGCGCAAGGCACUCACGCCCGGAGCGGACAGGACAUCUUCGAAGACUUUCAGGCGCAAAACUUGCGCAGCUUUUGGAAUAAAAGGCUUGUCAAAGCGGUAGCGGGUGUGAGCUUCCAGGGAUGGCUGGAGAAUCUGGUGCUUUUGGUGCAGGGAGCCGCGGACCAUGUGGAAGUGCUGCGGGAAGCAUGGAUGCGCCGGGCGCUAAGGUCUCCGACGGGCUUCGUCAUUAGAGCCGUGGGUGACUUAAGCCCUGUACAGAUGAGCCCCAUAACACAGUCCCAGUUCAUUCCUCUGUCAGAGGUGCUGUGCUCCGUCAUUUCAGACAUGAAUGACGCCCACGUCACCGUCACCCAAGAGGCUUUGCUCAGCCACAUGGCCAGAGCCCACCCAGGCAUGGCCAUCCCAGGGCCGGACAUCCUGCACAGCGCGCUGGGCUCCCUCAUCAAGGACAGGAAGAUUUACCACACAGGGGAGGGCUACUUCAUCGUCACCCCGCAGACAUACUUCAUCACCCACCAGCGGUGCCGGCCCUCCGAGGAAGAUGACCUGCCGUCCCCCCCUCCAAUCACCUACCUGCUGAGCACCGAGAGCUGCAUGGAAGCGGCCGCGGCUGCAGCCCACUGCGGCUCCUGCAGCUGCUUCAGCGAGCACGCCAGCAAGAGCCUCGGGCCACCCAGCGAGCCCCGGGCCUCCGUGAAGCACCGGUCCACCUCCACGGCCCUGGACCGACAGGGGAGCCGGACGAGCACGCCUGCCGGCAGCCGCGUGCAGGAGGACAAGCCUGGGCGCCGCUUUGGCUUCAGCCUCUUCCGCCGCAACCCGGCCAAGAAGGACAGGGCUAAGAAGGAGCUGGCUGCCUUCUCCGGGCAGUUCCCCCCCGAGGAGUGGCCGGUGCGGGACGAGGAUGACCUGAACAAGCUGCCGCGCGACCUGGAGCAUGCCAUCAUCCUGCGCAUCAACCCUGCGCUGACCGUGCACAACCUGGCCAAGCACACCGUGCUCAUGAAGAAGCUGGAGGAACGAGGGGAGCACAAGGGCACCUCCACGGAGGGCCCCCAGCCGCAGGCCGCCAAGGCCAGCCGGAGCAGGCGGAGAGGGCGCUCUGCCGGUGGGAAGCAAGGGGACGCCGCGGUAGUGGUGGCGGUGGCAGCCGCAAAUGAGCGGCGCAUGGAGCCUUGUGGAGAUGGCAAGGAUCUGGACAAGAAGCGCAUUGAGAACCCCUUCCAGGGAAGAGAGAAGGCACACAAACAUGGCCACCGGGGUCAGAGGAGGAGGGAUGGCAAGGCCCAGCUGCCUGACAGGGCGAUCCGGGUCAGCCACAGGUCAAAGUCCUGGGAUCCCUGUCAGACAGACCCCGGCAGAUCGUCCGCCGUAAUAGAGCAGCCCUACGAGGGCCUUUGCUCAAGCCCUGGUGGGCAGUGCAGUCCUGGUUACCCUGACGCUAGCACGCUGAGAAUAGAGGACAAACUGAAGCAGAGUAAAACCAGGAGCAGGACCUCCCUGGAUGGGAGGCUGGAGGACACCAAACAGGGCAGGACCUCAGACCGCAGGAGUGUGUGUGGCCAGACCGGAGAGAUGGACAUCUCUGUGCCUCAAGGGCCCCACACUGGCAGGAAGCUCCACCACGGGCCACCAGAGGGUGACACCUGCAGCUCCCUCUACUUGAACGAGGGCUCCGUGACCGACUGCAGUGCAACAUCUCAGAUGUGCACCGCCCACAGCCAGGCCUCCCACACCGCUCUGGGGGGGGGAAGUGGCGCAGCGCCGGGCAGGGGCUUCCCUGGCGAUGCUAGGGAAGAUUCUCGCCAGGGCCACUGCAGUGGCCCCAAUGCGGGUCAAUCACCCGAGACCCGGGGUGUAGGUGGGGCCAGGUGGACUUCUCAGGUGUGGACCAUCAGCACAGAAGCCCCAAGCCUGCCACCCAGGGGAGAAGCCAGCAGGACGGGGCUAGACGAUGGACCCCAGGGGCCACCUGAGCCCCACAACAGCCUAUUUGCCAUCAAAACCCAUCAGGACAGACCAGCAGAGGCAGGGGAGAACCACAGCAGCCCAGGGGACAGUGGCGUCGACUCGCCCAGGACUCAGGUCAGCCUGACGCCCAGUGCCUGCGACGCCCAGUGCCUGCGACGCCCUGACGAGCCUGCAGCAGCAGGAAUUCCUGCAGGUCACGCAGCCAAAUGCGCAGCAGCCCCGCCCCCAGGGCGCACUGAUGCAGCUCACACCCGUCAUGAAUGUGUGAGCAGGACAGUGGUGUGUCACUCAGAACACACAGCCAGCUGAUGUACAUGUGUAAAUAGAGCCAGGGGUCCCUGCAAGAGCAUUUGUGUAUUUAUGGCUUUCUGGAAUUUUAUACGCUGAUUUUUGGACAAAACAUUAGAUUUUUACUCAACCUUUACAGUACUUUCAACCAAUAAAACAAUGUACCCUGUUUCUGA